GCUCUUCUGGGUUGCGUUUCUGCUUCUUCUUCACAGAGGAUACUCCCUGUCCUCAGUGACCACAGGACAACUUGGCAAACCAGUGACUUUGAACUGUGUGUUUCAUGUUUCGGAAUACAGCAGCACUCGAGUCAAGUGGUACAAACAGAAUAUUGGAGAUACUCUUACAUUAAUCACAACCCUGAUGACACUUACUGGACAACCCUCAUUCGAACAAGGUUUUCCUCCCUCGAGGUUUCAUGCAAACUACACCACAACUACAAGCACUCUGACCAUUUUAACAACAAUCCCAGAAGAUGAAGCGAUGUAUCACUGUGUCGUCUUCACUUGGACUCAGGAUCAAUGGAGUGGGACCUACUUGUCUUUUGAAGAAAACACAGAGAGGAAGACGAAGGUCACAGUAACUCAGUGGCCUGCAGUCGCUGCUCCAGUUCAACCAGGAAACUCGGUGACCCUUUACUGUUCAGUUUUCUCCAUUUCUGAGGCAAAGUCCUGUCCAGAAGUGCAUUGGUACGGAGUCAGAUCAGAUACAUCUCUUGAAAACAUCAUCUACACAGCUGGAAUUAAAUCAUAUGAUUGUUUCAAGAAAGCAGAGGACUCUCCUCCUUCAAAAAGCUGUGUCUAUCAAUUCUCCAAGAACUUCAGCUCCUCAGAUAUUGGGACUUACUACUGUGCCGUGGCCAUUUGUGGGGAGAUUAUAUUUGGAAAUGGAACGGAGCUGGACAUCAAAGGAACCAGCGAGUGGUCAUAUGGUGAAUCGUGGUGGUGGCACAACAUAGUUCUCUUUGUUGUCUUGACUAUAAGCCUGAUUCUUACAUCUGUUCUAAUUUACACCAUGAAGAAAAACUCUUCCAAAGGUAAGACAACCCUCUGUACUACAAUUUUGUUCCAUAAAUGCAAUUUCUGUUUUCCAUUUUUCUCAUUCACAACGUUCUUUUCCCUGCAAGAAAACAUUGCAAAAAGGAAUACAAAGAGAGCAACUGACCAAGGGAUUUAUUCUGCUGCUGUUUAUACAAUGGUGAAGACCAGCAGUGGUGGAAGAGGAGAUGUAAGCACGUCGGAGAGAGAGAGGAUCUACGCUGCUGUCCAGGCUCUUGGUUUGGAUUAGAAAGUCAACGUCUGGCAUCGCUUGACUGUGUCUUUAUGAGGUUGGACAUUUGUCAGAAACUUCACUUUGGCAUCCUGCUCCUUCAUUUGUAACCAGCUACAUUAUAAUUAAUCAUACUGCUGUUCAUGUUUGUUGGAACUUAUCCAAG